ACCAGAGAAUAGCCAUCAUUUUGUGUGUCACAGAACAGUUGUGCCGAAUAAAAUUUGAGAGAAUUCCGAGGAAAUAGAAGUCGAUAUCAGGAGUUUCAAGCAAUCUUAACUUUUCAGAUGAAGUUAGCCUCCGACGCUAACAAUAAUUUGGUCUUAAUUUCUCUUCAGUGCUGAAAAAGAUGUUUGAACUGUGUUGCCAAAAAAAUUUAAUCCGCCUUUCAAAAAUGUAUUCAUAAUAUGUUACUUAAUUUAUUUAUUAUAAUUUUAUUAUGUGCUUUCUUCGCAUAAAACUGGUAAUAUGGAGAGUAUUAGUAACUUUCGUGAUGUUGACACUUGUGGCGGAUAAAAAUGAUUGUAAGGACGAUCGUAUUGUUGGCGGUUCGAAAGCCUCUCCUGGCCAAUUUCCUUCUAUUGUCGCUAUACUGUUUAAAGAUGAUGAUGAGUUUGUCUGCAGCGGAUCAUUGGUUGCAAAAAGCUUUGUUUUAUCUGCAGCACAUUGCUUUAGGUCGCAUUAUUUUGAUGAUAAAAAAAUUAUGGGUGGAGAUACAGAUUUGAAAGCGUUUAAUACGCCUACCAGACAAGAGGUUGACAUACGAUCAAUAUUUCUUCAUGAGAAAUAUUCUUGGAGUAGUUAUGAAUGGGAUCUCGCCAUUUUAGAGCUGAAAAACGAAGUCCAAGAAAGCAAAUACUUUCACACCGUUAGGCUCACUGCUGAGAGACCACGCCAGGGGACGAAGUGUGAUGUUGCUGGAUGGGGUAGCAUAAAAGAAAAUCCUGUCGAAGUGAGUGAACAUUUGUUAUUCGCACAAGUUUAUGUGGUCACUUAUAGAGAGUGUGCUAAUGCAAUGCCAAUGCCAAUUUAUAAUAAAACACAUCUGUGCGCAGGUGUGGCCCAAGGUGGAGUUGAUGCAUGCAAGGGUGAUUCGGGUGGACCCUUACUUUGUAAUGGAAUGCUAGCGGGUGUUGUAUCCUUCGGACACGGAUGCGCUAGGAAAGGAUAUUAUGGCGUUUACAGCGACAUUGCAGAAUCAUUAAGUUGGAUAGAGAAGAACACAAUAGCUGGAGGAAAGAGUAUGGCAAUCAACAGGAUAUUCAAAAAUUGGCUCUGGGAAAUAUUUGUGAAAUUAAAAGCAGUUUUUUAUAUUGUUCAGAACUUAGUUUUUAGUAUCAAAUAUUCAUGUAUCCUUAAAAACUAACAAUUUCGUUUGUUG